GUGUGUCGUUGAGACAGUGUGAAGGAGCAGCAGUGUGGAGAAGGUCUUUGAGCGUGGAUGUAGAAGAUGCCGCUAGAUCUCACUGAUCAAGCUUUGGUGGAGAAUUAAUUUUCAUUAAUAAUAUUUAUUUAAUUAGAUGGACUGAGCAAAUUUCAACGGCCUGGAGUUCUUCAUUGACUUUCUCUGUAGGGACUGUGGCAAAAUGGAUGCAAACACCUUCACGCGUAGGGCAGGACUUUUAUUAGUCAUUUUCACAUUUCUUUGCUUCAUUCAUGGAUCUAGAGGAGAAAUUCCUCCACAACCAGCCGGCGGUGUCACCAUAGUUCCCCCGGCUAAACCUGAUGGAGCUCCUCAGGCAUAUCCAGACGCCGACACGUCCAAUUUACCCGUGUUUACUAUGGAUUAUCCCAGGAUACAAAUCCCGUUUGAGAUCACUCUCUGGGUGCUGCUGGCUUCGUUCGCCAAGAUUGGUUUCCAUGUUUAUCACAAGAUCACCAUCUGGGUUCCUGAGUCAUGUCUUCUGAUCAGCAUUGGUCUGAUUGUUGGUGCCAUCAUGCACUCUGUCAAAGAGGAGCCCCCUGCUGCUCUCUCCAGCAACGUCUUCUUUCUGUACAUGUUGCCCCCCAUCGUCCUGGACUCCGGCUACUUCAUGCCCACCAGGCCGUUUUUUGAGAACAUCGGCACAGUGCUGUGGUUAGCAGUGGUGGGCACUUUAUGGAACAGCAUCGGAAUCGGAAUGUCCCUCUUUGCCAUAUGUCAGAUCGAGGCAUUUGAAGUCCAAGAUGUGAACCUGCAGGAGAACCUGCUGUUCGCCUCCAUCAUCUCGGCCGUGGACCCCGUGGCCGUGCUGACCGUCUUUGAGGACGUGUCCGUGAACGAACAGCUCUAUAUUGUGGUUUUUGGAGAAUGUCUCUUCAACGACGCUGUCACUGUGGUGUUGUACAACAUGUUUAGCUUCGUGGCGGACAUGCCAGUUGUGGAGCCGGAGGAUGUUUUUCUGGGUGUGGCCAGAUUUUUCGUGGUGGGACUCGGGGGCAUGAUGUUCGGCAUCUUGUUUGGCUUCGCAGCUUCAUUCACCACGAGGUUUACCUCCAAGGUCCGGGAAAUUGAGCCUCUCUUCAUCUUCAUGUACAGCUAUUUGGCCUAUUUAGUGGCUGAGCUUUUUGCCAUCUCAUCCAUCAUGGCCAUCGUCAGCUGUGCACUCACCAUGAAGUACUACGUGGAGGAAAAUGUUUCCCAGCGUUCCUGCACUACCAUUCGCCAUGUGGUGAAGAUGCUGGGCACCAUCUCUGAGACACUCAUCUUCUUCUUCCUCGGAGUGGUCACUAUUACAACAGAACAUGAGUGGAACUGGGGCUACAUCCUGUUCACGCUGCUGUUUGCCUUCGUAUGGAGAGGCCUAGGCAUCCUGGUUUUGACACAGAUCAUUAACCCUUUCCGCACCAUACCAUUCAACACAAAGGAUCAGUUUGGCCUGGCCUACGGUGGCCUGAGAGGUGCCAUCUCAUUCGCCUUGGCCUUCACUCUCCCCGACACCAUUGCUCGCAAGAAGCUCUUUGUCACAGCCACCAUCGUUAUCAUCCUAUUCACUGUGUUUCUGCAGGGCAUCACUAUCCGUCCUCUGAUCGAGUUCAUCAACGUUCGCAAAACUAACCGUGACCUGCAUUCCAUUAAUGUAGAGGUCCACUGCCGGCUCAUGGAACACACUAUAGCAGGCAUCGAGGACCUGUGUGGACAGUGGAGUCACUUCUACUGGAAGGACAAGUUUAUGAAGUUCAACAAUCGAAUCCUGCGUAGGAUUCUGAUCCGUGACAGUCGUGCUGAGUCCAGCAUUGUGGCCCUGUACAAGAAGCUGGAGCUGCAGAACGCCAUGGAGAUCCUGGACACGGUGUCAGGAGACAUCAGCGCCGCACCGUCUGUCGUCUCUGUGUAUGAGGACAAGAAAUCUCCUUCUCAGCCGAAGAAGAAGUUCAUGGCCUCUGACCUGAGGAAGAUGCACGACAUCCUGUCCAAAAACAUGUAUAAGAUCAGGCAACGGACUGUAGCAUUUACAGGUAAACAUUCGCUGCCAAACGACACCCAGACCAGAGAGAUUCUGAUCAGACGUCAUGCCAGCAUCCGUCGCAGCAUACGUCCUGGCAGCUUUCAGUCACCACCUGUGCCAAAGUCACACAAAUACUUUUCACUUCCUGCUGGACAAGGUUUGGACUCAAAGUUUUUCCCUGCUAAGAGACAGAGCACCGCAGAUGAUCAUGAGACCAUGUCAGAGGUGGCCUACCCAUCCAGACACUCUCGAUUUACAAAGCCAGGACGUUCCUCCGCCAGAGCCAUGGUGCCUCUACACAGGCUGGACACUCUCAAAGAAGCUCCUUCUGUGGAUGUACUGAAUGAAAGCAGAGGCGAGAGCAGCUCAGCCGGGCACAUAAUGCCCAAUCCAAUGAUGCUUUAA